UUCCCUCCCUGCCUGAAUCUCCCUGCGACCUCAGCGAGCGCCGCCGAGCCAGAGAAGCCCCAGACCAGACGUCCGAGGAAACGGAAGAGAGAAGAACCAUGAGCCACUCCUCCGUCCGCAGCUCCGGCUCCGCCUCCACCUCCUACCGCCGGGCCUUCGGGGGCGGCGCCCCCAUGCCCUCCUACUCCUCCAUGUCCUCCAGGACGUCGUACGGCGGGGGGCGCUACCUCAACUCCAUGCCCCCCACCAUGGCCUCCCGCUCGUCCGGCUACCGGCUGCGCUCCAGCGGCUCCCCGGCCCCCCGCCUGUCCUACGACAAGGUGGACUUCACCCUCGCCGAGGCCGUCAACCAGGAGUUCCUGACCACCCGCAGCAACGAGAAGGCCGAGCUGCAGGAGCUGAACGACCGCUUCGCCAGCUUCAUCGAGAAGGUGCGCUACCUGGAGCAGCAGAACGCCGGGCUGGAGACGGAGCUCAGCCACUUCAAGGGCAACAAGCAGGAGCCCAGCCGGGCCGACGAGCUCUUCCAGCGCGAGCUCCGCGAGCUCCGCCAGCAGAUCGAGCACAUGGGCAAGGAGCGCGACGGCAUGCAGGUGGAGCGCGACAACAUGGCCGAGGACCUGGCCCUGGUCAAGCAGCGCCUGGAGGAAGAGACCCAGAAGCGAGCUGAAGCUGAGAACAACCUGGUGCUCUUCCGCAAGGACGUGGACGACGCCACUCUCUCUCGCCUGGAGCUCGAGAGGAAGAUCGAGUCCCUGAUGGAUGAGAUUGAGUUCCUGAAGAAGCUGCAUGAUGAGGAGAUCCAGGAUGUGCAGGUGAGCGUGCAGACCCAGCAUCUGAAGAUGGAAGUGGACUCCUCCAGACCUGACCUGACCACCGCUCUGCGUGACAUCAGGGCCCAGUAUGAGAGCAUUGCUGCCAAGAACAUGCAGGAGUCUGAGGAGUGGUACAAGUCCAAGUUUGCUGACCUGACUGACUCCGCUAAGCGCAACAACGAGGCUCUGCGCCAGGCCAAGCAGGAGUCCAAUGAGUACCGCAGGCAGAUCCAGACCGUCACCUGUGAGAUCGAUGCGCUGAAGAGCACGAACGAGGCCCUGAUGAGGCAGAUGAGGGACAUGGAGGACCAGUUUGGGGUGGAAGUGAACGGCUACCAGGACUCGGUGGCUCGUUUGGAGGAGGAGAUCCGCCACCUGAAGGACGAGAUGUCCCGCCACCUGAGGGAGUACCAGGACCUGCUCAACGUCAAGAUGGCGCUGGACAUCGAGAUCGCCACCUACAGGAAGCUCCUGGAGGGCGAGGAGAGCAGGAUUACUGUUCCCAUCAAUGUCUCCUCUAUGAGUUCUCAUCGUAAUGCUGAUAUAGAUGACAACCGCAGCACCCCAAGCAAGAAAAGCGUGGUGAUAAAGACCGUGGAGACUCGCGACGGGGAGGUGGUGAAGGAGUCCAGGAAGGACAGGGAUUCAGACAGGGAUGAUUAGACAGAAGACCAUGGCCGCUUGUUCCAGCCCUAGAGCAGAAGAAUGAAAACAGAAGAAAAAAAAGAAGAAUAACUGAAAAUAAAUAACCGUAUGAAGAGUAAAUUAUGCCAAAAUAGUACACAAUCACAACCAAAUCCACACUUCUCACCGUCUCUGAGCUUAAGAAGGUUGUUGAUUGUACCACUGUACCAAAGCUCAUACCCAAGGCAGCUUCCUUCAGGGGCCUAGAUAAACCUCAGGCCAAUCUCCCCUCUGUUUAAAACCUUGACUCCUGAUCAGGUUUGUUUUCAGUGGUGCUUCCGUUUAGCCAUUCCUCACUGACAGCCGUACUGCCACAGCGACAGAGAUGAUUCCCAGCUGGCUCUGGCAGUCUCAACCUACCUGGUGCUGGGGUCCCCAUUAGCCCUCAGUUCCCUGGGUAACUGGAACAUAGUGCAUACCUCUGUCCUGGAGUUUCUUCAGGUACUCACAUUGAACAGCUGUGCUGUCCAUCCCACGGCGGAGCCCAAAUCCAGCAGGGUGGGUGGAGGCAUGCGCAACCCCCACCCGCCCGGCUCAGACACACACUGCGAAACCUCAGGCCCCGCCCCCACCCCACAGUGGGGCGUGAUGGCAGACAGAGAGAUCAGCAACACUUCCAACGGACAGUUCUGUUUCUAACACACAAUCACUGCAGGAAGACUCGCAUUGCAAUGGGUUGAUGAUGUGUGUUUUGGCAACCAAAAAAUAAAGAAUGGAAUGAUGAAUAAUAAUUAAAAAAACAAAAAUGAAAAUUGUAACUACUAAUAAGUAAAAUUGAAAUGAAAUGUGCAAAUAAAAUUAACUGGAACAAAGGCGA